CCGGAAAUCAAUUGACUUUGUACACGUUGCGAUAGACUCUACAGACUCCAACGAACACGAUGCUAUAUCAACGCUAAUUCGUAAGAUUUUGACCGAAAAUCAAGAAGUAAUCGAAAUUCGCUUACCUGUUCGGUAUCGGUAAAGAACAGAGAGCAUGAACUCCAAGUCAAGAAAGAAGAGCUGCUGCUUAUGAGAAAGGAGCAUGAUGAAGAUAUCAAAGAAAGGGAGAGGAUUAUCACCGCAGCCAGAGAGAAUCAACCUGGUGUACAAGGGAAGAAAAUGUUUGAUGAAGUAUUUAGACUUGUUGAUAGCUGCUAUCAUCUACAGCUCUUGAUUUGUGAACUUCAAGAACAACUUGCAUUUGCAAAGGAAUCGUGCGAAGAAAAGGACAGUAUUUGUUUACUUAAAGGUCUAACUGAAGCCCAAGAUGUUCCUGAAAAUAUGGACCCAUCUACCAUGUUAUCUGCCUGGUAUCAACAGAUGAAGAAACAUGUUCAGGAUAGGAUUAGCCAACAGUACCACUGUGUGGAUGAAGAUUGUUUCUACAAUGUCAGACUGUCCUCAGACAACCAAGGAAGAGAAGAAAGGUGUGCGCCAACAAGCUUGACCUUUUUGACAAGACACAGAGGCUACUGCCUUCAUCUCACUAUAGAAGAAACUAGGUCACCGUCCACAGAUGGUAUUCAACCCACUCUGCACCAUGCUUUCACAUCAGACAUCCACCUUGAAGGGUUAGAGUUGAAAGGUCAAGAGUACCUAGGAAGGGGUCGGGCUGCCCAAGAGUUCAUCAUCGAAGAGGUGUGGCCAUUAAUGGAUGAAAAUAUCUCUUUAUGAGAAUGGCUUCAUAGUUUGAUGGAAAAAUUCAAUAAGCGUACUCCACGGUCGUACGAGGGAGCAUUUUAUAAAACAUAAUUUUCACUGACUGCUGUUAUAAGCUACUCAGAAUUCCUUGCUUCUGAUUGGUUGGGAGCAAAUUAGUCAGUGAAAAUCACCAACACAAAUAUCACUGACAAAACUUGCAGAGGAGUUCAAGACAGAACUGCGCUUCCAGAGUUCCACCGAGAUGGCCCUCAAAUAAGUUAGUGAGGCCAAUCUGGUAGGGCCAUAUGAAUGAAAAUAAUAUAGGGUAUUUGUAUAGCACACUUAUCCACCUUGUCAGGUGCUCAAGUUGUUCAAUUAUUACCUCGGUCAUUGCUCACAGCUUUUUUUUUUAAGGAAUUCAUGCCGGUUCCCAUUUUCCUCUGUUUCAAAGUCCGGAGACUAAUCCACUUGGCCACAAUGCUCCACACCAACUUGUGUGCCAUCCAUGCCAAGAGGUUUACCAUAUGCUAAAAGAUAAUUCAUGAAACACACCCUAGGACUGGCAGCAAACGCAUGGUAGAGGCAAUUUGUUCUUGAUGCAGAUCAGUUGCUAAACAUACUUUUUUUCUAACAUAUCACAAUAUAUUGGGGGAAGUUAUGAUUGAGAUCAGAAUCAAGCUUAGGUUAGUAUUUAAAGGUCAAGUCCACCCCAGAAAAAUGUUGAUUUGAAUAAAUAGAGAAAAAUAAAACUAGCAUAAUGCUGAAAAUGUUAUCAAAAUUGGAUGUAAAAUAAGAAAGUUAUGACAUUUUAAAGUUUCGCUUAAUUUCACAAAACAGUUAUAUGCAUAUCCUGGUCGGUAUGCAAAUGAGACUAUGAUGUAAUCCACUCACUAUUUCUUUUGCAUUUUAUUACAUAAAAUAUGAAAUAUUAUAAUGUUCUCCUCAUUGUCAAGUGAAACAAUUAUUAAUUCCUCCCUGAACAUGUGGAAUUAGCAUUGUUUAAUAAUUCAGUCAAGUUGGUCUUUGUUGUCAAAUAUGUAAAAAAUGAAAUAUUGUAUAAGUCAAACAAUAAAAAUCAAAAGAAAUAGUGAGUGAACGACAUCAUCCGCUGCCUCAUUUGAAUGUCACUGAAUUGUGCAUAUCAUUGCUCUGUGAAAAAUAAGCGAAACUUUAAGAAGUCAUAUCUUUUUUAUUUUACAUCCGAUUUUUAAGAAAUUUUCAGUGUUAUACUAGUUUGAUUUUUCUCUAUUAAUUCAAAUAAAUAUUUUUCUGGGGUGGACUUAACCUUUAGGUUUGUGCAGAUUUGGUUUAAUUGCAAUAACAGCCAAGUCUGUGAUGCAUUAGUGGUGUUGUUCAUCGAUUGAUGCAACAAGGACCUAUUCAUCUUGGGUGUUGAACAUUAGGGGUUCGUUGCCAAAUGCACUUAUCAUUCACCAGCGCGAGAAACAGUUACAAAACACACUGAACAGUUCCAAAUGUGCGAUGUAUUUACAACGUUUAAUUGCAGAUCACCUCUUGCGACUACCUCACGGUUUCACCAAUUGUGUGUGUGUGUGUGCGCAGUUUAGCUCGUGUAAUUCAGCAAGUGUAUUCAGCAGGCGGUUUGACUGAAAGCUAUAGAGAAAAUAACAUAAAUGAUAGAUGGUCUAUAAUACAAGAAAAAAGAUACUAGUACUUACUUAUAAACAACUAAGUAAAUAUAAAAGUAAACAGUUCAAUACAAUUUAUAUACAACCCAUACCAAUGCAUACGUAAUAGUUGACUGUUAUCAGCACGUGAAUAAAAUCCUAAUUAUUCAUAUCUCCAUCUUAAUUUGGGAAACAUAAUUAUAUCAUGGUAAAUAUCAAUAAACUCAAGCUGUGAAAGUAUUUUAAAGUCAAAUAAAGAACCCAUCAAUGCAUAAUGAUAUGGUUAUAACUCACUAACAACUGAGAAGAGUAUUCAAUUAAUACUUAAUACACUAGUUCUGAUAAACUGAUAGAUACUACUGCUGAAACAAUUCUUAUACAUAAAGAUAAAUAUAAAAUAACUCACCAACUGUUAGAACCCGAUUAACAACAGCUUAAUCAGGACUACUCUCUUUUUCAAAGUCCAACCUCUCCUCUUAAGAGUGAUUUUGAACACAAUGAAUAAUGCUCUUGCUUGAACCCAGUAUAAAUGCAUCUUCUUCCACACAAAGAGAAUUAUGGGAAAGUUACACCCUUUGGUCACUGCGUUGGUCAUCGGAUCUAUCACUACUUAAACAUAUAUACCCAAUUAGACACUGCUAAACACUGGAGUGAAGGAAUUUGGAGGAUACAUAUAAUACACAUGCUAUAUGCUCUGCUUAAAACUAAGGUGUCCUAAUUCUAACUCCCAUACUCAGGGUGCUACAUAACUUUUUAGAAGCACUGACUGGGCAAGUAAAUUUUUGAAUAGUUCAAAUAUACUUGCCCAAAAAUCUAUUUUCACCUGCCCGAAAAAAUCAUUGAAAAAAAAGUUUUACCUCUUCAAAAGAAAGUAUUGCGGUUUUAUAAACCAUUGACCUUUUUCUCUCUUGACAUGAACUGAUCAUGGGUUCAGGGUCAAUAUCACAUCAUAUCGACCCUAAUUUUGGUCAUUCUACUGUGAAAAUUUUGCUUGCCCAAUUCGGGCAAGUAGUUUUGGUCUUUACUUCAAAACACUUACAUUGUACCCGACUCUGACUUUUCCUUGCCCCGGGCAAUCGGGCAAGUGCUUAUGUAGCACCCUGCCCAUGCUAUAUAAUGUAUAUAUAUAUAUAUGCUGCUACAUUACCGGCCCCAAAUUGACAGACAUCAGGAUGUUGAUUUCUACAAAAUAUCAUAAGCGGCAAAGAUCCCUAAGUAACAACAAUGAAUAUAAACAAUAAAACAUACAUAGCAAACAUCUUGGAAAUUAGAAACAUUAAAAUAAACAUCAAGAAGACAUAAAAGAUGAUUAUAAAGAUUAAAUAAUUAUACUCAUUAUUUCAUGCCAAUAAUCAUUGAUAUACUCUAGAACUGCUAAUAACCAACACAAAUACAAGACAAUAUAUUUUAUGUGAUAACGAGAAGGUUGGAAAUGCAUCAAGUUGCAUGAAAAUUACACAAAAAUGAAUUUAAGUGAAUGAUGGCUGCGCACAUGCAGGGGUAGAUGAGCUCUAUACCUCAUUCAUCUUGAGCAGCGUUGUGCUCACUACUUUCAAGCAGGCAAAGCUUGUUUAUAGGACGCACGUAAAACCUAACCCUAAAAAAUCUUCUUGGCACAUUGAAAACGAAUCAGUAUCGAGAUUGUGAGCCACUUCAAGGUGCACUGCCCUGCUUGCAAGGCAUGUGAAGAUACAUCCAUAUCUCUUCACUGUUUUCCGCCCUUCCUUAACAUAGAAUGGCCCAAAAUAAUCAAUGCCAACACUAGAAAAUGGUGGUUUGUCAGGUGUGACUGUCUUUAGGUAAAUCUGCCAUGAACUGUUGCCCUCUGGCAGCAUUCCUCUUCUUACAUCUGAAACUUCUUUCAAUUGUUUUGCGUACUGUAGCUCCACCAUUAAUGAUCCAGAACCGCUCUCUCAAGGAGUUCAUGUAGCACCUGCACCACAAUGUCCCACCAAUAUGUGAUGAUGAGCAGCUUGGUGACAUGGUGUCCACUUGGAAUGAUCUCGGGGUGUUUGCUAUCAUAUGGUACUGAUGAAUUAGCCAGUCUUCCACCAACGCGCAACACUCCAUCUACUAUGACAGGAUUAACCUUUGCUAAGCUAAGACCAGAGGUCUUCUUAGCACUCCUAUCAACAACUUUCAGCUCAUUAGGGAACUCUCUCGCUGAGCGUACUUAACAAUAGCCACUUCAGCCUCCUGCAGCUCUGCAGGAGAAAGCACAUUGUUGGUGCAUGGCUCUUUGUUUUCUGACCUCUUCAAGCAAAGCUAUCUCAAGAAUCGCCUGAUCCAGGCAGCGCCCUUCUUGAGUCUCGUCAAUGGUGAUUAUUGUUUCAGGAGAUCAUCCUGUCACUACUGACAAAGUUGCUCUUUGCUAUCUAUUUCACUUCAAGGUCUCCUUGAAGUUCUUGCAUCGAUCAAAGGAGAUGCAAGGGUUGUGGCCAUUGAUCCUGUUUCUUCCACAGGAAAUCAGGCCCAUUAAGCCAUCUUGAUUUGGAAGUCAUUUCACCUGCAGACAAGCCUCUAGACCCCUCAUCUGCGGAAUUCGACUUCGUUUUUACAAAUCGCCACUGCGCAACAUCAGUUGCAGCACAGAUCUUAGAUACAUGAUUAGCCACAAAUGUAUGAAAGUGCCUACUCUCAUUUAAAUAUGCUGAUGUAGAAUCUGUGUAGUAAGUGGUUGUGGCUAUCAGCAGCUUCAACUCUUUCAGGAUGGUCUGGCCAUGCAGGACUGCCAGAACAGCUCCUGAGAGCUCUAGAUUUGGUAUUAUAGUCUUCACUGGCGCUAGCCUUGUCUUCCCCAUAACAAAGGCACUGUGAACCUUUCCUUCCGCAUCCUCUGUACGGAGAAAGGCCACUGCUGCAUACGUUCUCUGGGAAGCAUCGCAAAAGAUGUGUAAGUCGUGUCUUGAUGUCUCUGCAUUUGUAUUUAGUUUCAGACACCACUGAAUCUGCAGUCCUUGCAGUUUGCUUCCAUAAAACUUGUUCAGCUUCACCAACAACUUGAUCCCAUCCUAUGCCUUCUAUGCAAACAUCCUGCAAGAGAAUCUUUGCUACCAGCAAAAACUGGGGCUACAAAUCCGAGAGGAUCGUAUGAAACACUGGUCACCGAGGAUUUACCUUGAAAGUGAAGAUGUCAGCUUCAUUAUUCCAAGAUACCCCAAGAGUUCGCUCCAUGGGAGGACUAUCAAAGUCGAGGUCAAUUACAGAUGCUGUUUGCUUGGAAGGAGGGAUACUGGCAAUGACAUCAUAGUCAUCACUGACCCACUUCGUGAGUCGAAAUCCUCCAGCUGACAGCACCUUACGUAGACCUCUUGAAAGGUCUUUUAGUAUCUUGUCGUGUUGCCACAGACAUAAGGCAGUCAUCUACGUAUAAAAGUUAUCUUUCACUGCCUUCGUCGCUUCCUCGAGCCCCACUCCGCCAUUUUCCUCGGCAGCCUUCCUCAGUGCAAAAGCUGCACAUCUUGGAGAGGAAGUGGCACCAAACAAGUGAACCAACAUCAUGUAGGUCCUUGGACAAGUCUCCUUUAGGCCACCAGAGAAAUCGCAGCGCAUCACUGUCUUUAGGUGCUACCUUCACCUGGUGAAACAUUGCUUCAAUGUCGGCCAUCAAGGCAACCCUUUCUUCUCUGAAUCUUUUCAAGACGCCAACUAGGUUAUUAUUGUAAUCAAGUCCUUGGAGUAGCUGGUCGUUCCGUGAUGUGCCAUGGCUCCAGGCCGCACAAUCAAAGACUACUCGUACCUUACCUUUCUGUGGAUGGACAACUGGAUGAUGAGGCAUGUACCAUGUCUUUCCUGAAUGACAUGUACUAUCCACAUCAGACACUUCUUGAGCAUAGCCUUUCUCUAUGUAACCCGCCACAGUUUCUGUAUACUUCUCAUGCAUCACUUGGUCCUUAGCCAAGCGCCUCUGUAAUCGCAUUUUCUUGCCAUCGGGCAGAUUGACAUCCGGAUGACACCAGGGCAAUCCAAUCUCAUAGUGCCUAUCGACCUUUUUGACUGUUUCUUUGAAGAUCGCUUGAACUCGCUGAUCUUCUACUGACAGCCCCCUUUUAUCCUCAUGGCAGUGCUCCAUAGUCUUUGGAGCAAGUCAUCACCCAUAAAUGUAUGAGUGAAGUUAGAAGUGAACCCUGACCUCUGUCUACUUUGGUCCUAGGUUGGUCCUAGUGGGUCCAUCACAAUACUGUAUGCAUAGCAUAUGGUUCUCCCUUCUUACCUUGUCUGUCUUCCUUAACCCAAAAUGCUUCCGGAGUAUCCCCUCCAAUGAGGAGCAUUACUUCAUUGGAAUCGAUUUAAGGGAUGGUGAUGUCAUCAUCAGAAAUCGGCAACUUCUCGACUGUCCACACCCCUUCUAAGUCAAUGCAUUUAGUUUCCUUAAUUCCAGAGACUGAGAGUUGGAUCUCUGUACCACUCAUCUCCUUGUUCUCCUGGUUAAUAGUAGACAGAUUAAACCUUUUCUUGUCACCUUUUAUACCCAGUUUCUGGGCGAAUCUCUUGUCACAAAGUGAGACAUCACUUCCCCCAUCAAGACCCCAAGUUUUGACUUCUCGACCACAAUUUCUUACUUUAACAGGGGUUAUUCUCAGACAGACCUUCCUAUUAACUGAUGCAGCCAGACUGGUAGCCGAUGGUUGGUUUGAAACAUUCCCAACCUUGUCAUUUCUGUCAUCACUGGCCCCGGUUGAGUCCUAGGUUGGUCCUAGUGGGUCCAUCACAAUACUGUACGCAUAGCAUAUGGUUCUCCCUUCUUACCUUGUCUGUCUUCCUUAACCCAAAAAGCUUCCGGAGUAUCCCGAUAGCCGAUGGUUGGUUCGAAACAUUCCCAACCUUGUCAUUUCUGUCAUCACUGGCCCCGGUUGAUGCAUCCAGCCGUAGGAAUUAAAGGACAUGGUGCUUACCUCUACAGUCCUGAUCACACAAGGACUUUAUAAUGUAUAUAUGCCGCUACAGCGGGGUUUGGUGUAGUUAGGCUUGGUGGGUCCCAGAUGGCUAGUCGGGCCAAUCUGCGCCCUGAAUAGUCUCUGGCAGUGUGGACAGGGAAUAUUGGCAGGUGCUGUAAGGUUGGAAAUCCUUGCCUCCCUGUAAAUUAGCAAUCAAUAGUAACUUUUAUGGAAUCAUUUAUUCUAGUCAGCUGUUGUCAUGAUGUUAGUUUAUAUGAACAUUUGCUUUAUUGCAACGUGUGCCCUGGUGAAGAUACAGGCAUAAAGAGCCAUAGCAUUAUUUACAAAGAAAAUGUGAGACAUGAUUUGAUUUCCAUAACCGUGUUCUCUAUAGUGCUAAUCUCCCAUAGUUUCGCAGGCAAGGAAGCAUAACUGUCGUUUUAACUAUCAAGAGAAGCUUUGUUACAUGAGUGCAAAAUGAGCUUAAGUUAUUUGUGUCAUUCUCAUUUCAUGUUACAUAUUUGUUGCAUUUUCACUUGAAAAUUAUGAAUCAACAGUACUUUGUUCAUGUCUCCCAGUCAUUCACUCAAUAUAUGUUUUGUACGUGUAUGCAUAUCUGAAUUGUUAAUUUUUCUGAGAUAAAGACACUGAAUGAUAA